AUGGCAUUGAAUGCGUACGUCAAUACAAUAAUCUUCAAUAUAUUUGUACUAGUUGUCUGUUUUAUAUCGAUAUGCAUAUCACGCAGUAGUUUAUUGACCUCUAGUUAUUCUAAGAAUGAGAAUAAUUAUCGUUCGGGUUCAAGUUGUUUUGUAGACUCAGCGUUUAUUAAAUUUGUUAAUACCAAUUCUAAUAUCACCAACAGCAAGACUAAUAAUAAUAAUAAUAAUAGUAAUAAUGAUAAUAAUGAUAAUUCAAAAAUAUCAUUGACAUUCGAACAAAAAUAUGAAGUAUUUGCACUUCUAAUAUCGACAUGCGUCCUACUAAUUCUCCAGGCGUUUGUUUCUAUUGAAAUAAUUAUUCGUAUUGGUAAUCAGCCUCGAAUUAAUGCUGGGAGAAUAGGUUUUGGAGCAAUACUCGGAUUUUUGGCUCACAUAGGAACGAUUGUUGCGUAUCCAGAUGCUGGGUUAAAUCAUGUUAUUUGUUGUAUACCAUGUCCUACUUUCAAAGGAUGUAAUCCCAUUGUUUCUGGGAAUAUAAUCAGUGCAAUUAUCCUUUGUGCUACGCAUUUCAUUAUACAUUUUUGGGAAAUUCAUAUAAUCGAUACAGCAGCAGCUUUCAUUUUAAUUGGCCUGACCACUCGGACAAUAUUACCACUAGGAUUUUAUACAUUAAAUGUAAUAUUACAGAAAGUCCCUGAUUACAUUAUUGAUGAACUAGAUAAAUGUUUGAAAGAAGCCUUAAACAUUGACGGGGUUUUGGAGUUUCGAAAUGAAAAAUUUUGGUUUCAGUCCUUCGGUAAAUUAGCAGGAAGUUUGUCAGUGCGUAUUAGACGUAACGCUAAUGAGAGCUACGUAAUUAAUAAAGUGACAAAACAUCUUUCUAAAAUAGUUUCGUCACUCAAAGUCGAAGAAUUUAACGACACGAGAUUUGGUAACGCGGCAAACUUUAAUGCUGAUUAUAAUAAUUCCCUUGAGUAUUAUAUAGAUGAGAUUUUACCACGUGAUAGUAAAAUUGACGAGGACGUGAGAGAAUGGUCCACUGAUGGGAACGUGAAAGUUAUGAAGAUCAAUGAAGUGUUGGGAAAUGGAUUCAAUUUUAAUUUUGGGGUUAAGGUCAGUUUUGAAAAUAAUUCCGAUAAUGGAAAUAAUUCAAUUAGUAAUUCGAGGUCACUCAGAGACGGGACUAGACCUAGGAUACGUGACGAAAAUUGUUGUUUAGGUCAUGAGAAAAGUUUCUUUAAUAAUAAUAAUGAUGAUUAUAAUGAUGGACUGAUGACUUUGUAUCGAAAUGAAAAUGUGAAAGUUAUCGAUCACUUGCAUCGUGAUAGAAAAGUAGAUUUUUAA